AUGGCUCCAUUCCGUAACUUCCUUACUCGAAAACCCCAACCCAAUGGCGGGGAAUCGGAUGGCUUCGAAGAGAACCAUCUGUCGCCCAACGCACGUCCAGGUCCAACACCCAUUCGCAGAAGCGAGGAUUGCAGGCCGCCAGAGUACAAAUUGAGUGUCGUGAACGAUAGCGGUGUCUAUCUUCCGCCCUCUCCACCUGAGAAACAGAGUUUCUGGAACAAAUACCCUGGCUCCACCCGAUCUUCAAACCAUCGCGAUCUAGUCGAUGAAAACGAACCAUUCUCAAUAUCGCGCGAGUCAUUCGACUCGUACCGGCGGUCAUUUGAUAUCUCCGCACGAUCCCCCAUUUCGCACCCCGAUGCGCUGCCAUCCCGAACCUCACUCGACUCCCGCUUCUCCCGAAUCACAUCCCCAGCAAUGCGAUCCACGAACUUUGGAAAGCCCGAGGCCAUGGAAGAGGAGAUGUUCGAGGAAGUUGGUCUAAACGACGAGGUCAAACCUAAGAAAAAGAGCAUUUUCGCCCGGUUUGGCGAUUCGUCUGGUGAUGCGGCGCCAUCCGGCACCAAGUCGUCUACUUCAUUUGGGUUCCACAUUCCCGGGCGAAAGCGUGGCCAGAGCGGGGGUGGUUCGGAGUUGGGUUAUAUGCAAGCACCCACGCCGUCCGCAUCAGACUCUACAACAGAGAGUAAUGACGAAUAG